AGGAGUUCCCUCUGUACAGAGACAUCACCACACCCUUCAUUGUGGCCCUACAACAGGUGAGAUGUGGGAUGAGGCUUAUAGCUGGCUGUACCACAGAAGCAAACAAUGCACAACAACUGACAGAAAGACUGAAAGUGACCAGUCAGGUCCAUGAGACAGUUGGUCACAUCAGGGAGGCAGCCCAGCUUCUAGGAAAGUUCCCAUUUAUCUCAUCAGAUGUAAUCAACAGCUUAAAGUUAGCUCAGAAAAUACUGUUAGUGGAGAGAUUGGUUUCAGGUUGUGGGGGUCAAGUGGAAGAGAAUGAGACAAACCAAACUUCAAGGUUGUACCUUGGUGCCUUGUUUUUACUGCGGAACUCUGCCUUGAUGAGAAAAGAAUUGAACAGAGAGAUCCUGUUGUCUCUGCACCAUAUCUUCAAUCGUUUUAUGUUGUCAUGGAAACAUCAGGAGGAGAUCCGACGUCAGAAAGAGGCUGAGGAGGAUCUGUAUAAAUACAAGGCAAAACUCCACGGCGAUGACAGAGACAAUGAAGUGAUAGAGGAGGAGGAAUUCAGACAGAACUUUCCUUCCUUUCAACAGGAAUUCCAAGACUUGAUAACACCCACCUCUCUGGAAGACACUGGUUUAUCUGAGCCAAUGGAACCUGAAAUAGAAGACACACCCAAUACAGUGACUGACAGAGAAUUGACAGCUGUAAGCCACACCCACCAGCUACUGUUCUCAAGUCUGUCCUCCUCUGAUUGGUUAAAGCAAAGUAAUGUGACAGAGGUCACGACCAAGGAUAUCACAGAGCCCUCAUUGUUGUGCUAUAGCAUUGCUGCACCUUUGUUGAGAGGGCAGUGGAACUUGUCAGAAGUAGAAAGGCAGACAUUAGGAAGCCACCUGGUGGCCAGUCAGACACUACAAGAAGAGAUAACUCCUGUAUAUGAUAAUCAGGCUGAGAAAUCAUCACCUCAGGGUUAUGAUGUUUACUGUGACUCUUACUUGUCAGAGGUCAUUCAAUGUGUCCCUAUACUACAGAGACUGAUGGUCAGAGUGAGAGAACUUCAACAGGAGUGGCCGGACCACCCAACAUUAAUACAGGUGACACAGAUUAUAGACAGAAUCCUAUCGUUUCCUGUGACGUCACCUGUUGUCAAGUUCCUCACCGGUUUAGAACUUCUCCUGGAGAAAACUCAGGAAUGGGAAAGCAAUGCAGCAAAGCAUGUUUCUAUGGCAACCCAGUUGUCAGAAGUUUCCUCUAAGAUUUUGGACUGGAGAAAACUAGAGCUCAGCUGUUGGAAGCAGUGCCUGGACAAUGUCUUUGUAAAGCUGUCCAAGAAAGCUAACAAAUGGUGGUUCCACAUUUAUCAACUUAUCCAGGCUACAUAUCAACAGGAGGAGACGUCAGAAGGUUCAGAGACAGAAGAGAGAGAAUUGUAAGAGGUAAUGCAGACCCUGAAAGAGUUCAUAGAGAGGUCCAAUCUAGGCGAAUUUGAGGCCCGACUAGUGAUGUUGAAGUCGUUCCAUUUUCAAAGCAUGUACCUCUGUACUGAGGCCAAAGAAGGGGGGACACAAUCACAAGGCAUGAUGAACUUACUGUGGAACCUGCAUCAGUUUUACAGUCAGUUCUUACCAUUGGUCAGAGAGAAAAUACAGCAACUAAGACAACCAAUAGAAAAAGAACUCAAGGGGUUUGUAAAAAUUGCCCGCUGGACAGAUAUGAACUUCUGGGCCCUAAAACAGACAACAGAGAAAACACACCGAACAUUACACAAACAGAUGAAGGCUUUCCAGGCUGUUUUAGAACAACCAGUUCAGGGUAUAUUGGCCGACCCUGAUAGCAGUGUAGAUUCUACUGGUCAAAGGGAGAGAACUCUAACCUGGAGAGAAACAUACGGCUCAGCUGUACAGUCUCUGAUAUCACACACAAUCAGUCUACAGACACAACAGUCAGAGUUACCUGCCCUUGAUCGUGGAGGUCUACACAGGCGACUUGGUCAGUUAUCGGUCAGAAUGUGUAAACACUGGAAAUCGCUGACAAAGAGACUCAAGUACGACCAACUAAUUGUCAGACUAGAUGAGUUCACAGGAGAAAUCAUUGAAUCCAUUCAUGAACUUCAACAGCUGGAAGUUUCACAGACAGCUGACAAAGAAAAACAGAAAUCGGAAGCUAAACACAUUGGACAGAAGAAAAGAAAAGCUCUCAGUGAUCUGUUUAAAGAAAUAGCACAGCUAGGUCUUUCCUACAGGAGAGGACUUCUCUGUGACGCUGAGAGUAAUCUCCCUUUACUUGUCCCACCACUAGAUGUCUCUGUGUGCUCAGAUCAACUCACCACAAGUAAGAACAGCGCUACAGAAAUAGGUCAGUGUUGCCAAGACUACUACUAUAAAUGUGUUGCCAGAAGAGCCAAGUUAGCCACCGCUCUACAGACUCCUUCCAAGGAACUCGGUGUAGGGAAUAUAGAGCGAUGUAAAGGAUACACUGAACACUUAAUGAAGUUAGUGGUGGAUCAGUAUUCUGGGGUGGUGGAGAUUCACAAGGCUUUCUUAUCAUUAAGCUCCUUGUCUGAAGUGUUACAAGAUUUAUGUUCAGUUAAUGGAACACCCCCUCCACAGAAGUCAACAAGGGAGCGUGUGGAAUCCUUACUAUCUCUCUUGGUCAGCAUGAAGGAGGGUCUAAUUCAGGUCAAGGUCAUACUUCAGUGUUGUCCACGACAACAAGAGGAGAUAACUCACUAUCCGUCUCCAUUUCCCAGAAAUCAAUUAUCACAGUCAGCCCUGAUGAAGUAUGGGGAUGAACAGUGGAAACACUGCUUUGAGGCAAUUCAGACAAUACAACAGAAGGCCAACACAUUGUAUGACUGUAUCAUGCCUCUAACAAAAAGACAAUUAAUUACAUGGAGUGACCUUGAGAAAGUGAGGUCAGUGUACAGAGAUUUAACCGACUGUGUACCCCGACUGACAGAGAUAGAGGGACUCUUCUGUGACCCUGAAGACAGAACCCUGCCCUCCUACAUAGAGACAGUCAGGUACCUCAGACAGGAAAUACAGAGCAGGGCUGGAGAGUUCACACACUGGGUCAACAUUGAGUCAGAAAGACAUGUCACAAAAUCAGAUAACGAGGAGAUACAGAGUUCAGGGAUAGAACCACCCAGUGAUGAAAGGGGAGAGAAGAUGGAGGUGGAGACAUUUAGUGAUAAGGUGGAGAACCUGAUAGCUGGUCUGUUACUGAGUGUACAGGAUCUCACACAGAAUCACAGGCAGAGCACUGCAGGAGAGAAAGAAGAUAAUACUGGGACAUUGUUAGAGGGACAUCUAGUGGUCCAUCUUGAUGAAAGAGUAAAGGGAGAUAAACAAUGUCUGCAACUGAAAAAGAUUAUUCAGUCUCUCCAGAGUUUGGUAAUGGAUGUCCUUGACCUUACAGACUCAAGGUCAGAUGUCCUGACCUUUGUCCAGAUUCUAGGACAGUGUCAGCCGUUAGUACAGCAGUACCGAGACAUGGUGGAGUACUACUUACUUCAUAGUUUGGCUGAGAACAGGGUGACUGGGAAACUCCUGUCGGUUCUGUUGGCUGUCUUCACUGAACUGGCCUCUAAAGGAUUCUGUGUUCCCGCUGAGUUUGAGGAUGAGGUGGCAGGAGAGGGAGCUACAGAGUUUGAGGACAUUGAGGGAGGGGGCCUGGGUCAAGGUGAAGGGGUCAAGGACGUUAGUGAUCAGAUUGAAAAUGAAGACCAGCUUGAUGAGGCCAGGAAAGCAGGAGAGGAGAGAAAAGAGGAGGAUUCCUCCCAGCAGCCUGACAUCAGGUCCGAGGAGAAUGCCAUAGAGAUGUCUGACGACUUUGAGGGCAAAGUUCACGACCUUGAAGCUGCAGACCAAGAGGAAAGGUCAGAUGAAGAGGAUGAUGGGAAGGAAGAGGAGCUGGAUAGACAGAUGGGAGAAGUGGACGGGAAUGACACGGAGAAGUUAGACGACCAGAUGUGGGGGAGUGAUGAAGAGGAGGGAAAGGAGCAGGGGGAGAAAGAAGAAUUUGGCCCUGGGUCCCAGCAGGAGCAGAAGAGUGAACUGGUUGCUAAGGACGACAACCAAGACAAGACAGAAACAGACGACAAAUCAGACAAGCAGACGACAGAUGAAAAUGAGGCUGAGGAGAAUGACGAAAACCAGAAACCACAGGAACUGGAGCAGAUAGAUGAGUCAGAAUAUGAUGACGACAAAAUCGACCCUAACCAUGGUAACCAAGAACCCCAGCAGGCCCCUGACAACAUGGAUCUCUCUGACGACAUGAAGCUGGAUGAAGUAGAGGCUGGGGUCACAGAGGAAGACCAGGAAGUGGAACCAGAAAUGUCAGAGGACCAGAAUAACCAGACAGAAGAGGAACCAGACAAAGAUCAAGGAACCAGGCAAGAGGAGGAAGGAGAGGAGGAUCCAGGGUUUUCUGCUCAGAAUGAACCAACAGAUGUCAGUGCUGAGGAUGAAGAAGACAGCUCUAGGAACAAGGAUGACAAACCCCAGGCAGCAGAUAAUUAUGGGAAGACUUCCCAUGAUUCCCAGAAUGUAGAAGUCAAAUCAGCCCAGGAUAGGGAGGGGAACCAGACAAUUUUCCAGAAAGAGAGUGAAGGAACUGGAACCUCAAACUUAGAAGCUGAAGAGGGUCAUGAAGGUCAAAGUUCAAAGGUUGCUCCAUCAUCCACCAAUCAGUCUCAGAAGUCUGUGAAGAGAAAAGCUGGUCAGUCCAAUGAAGACAGAAGUUUGGGAUCUAACGAGAACCAGUUUAAGAAGCUGAAGACCAUUGAGGAGGCUUCUGCCAAUGAGGAGAGUGAGGAAAAUCAAGAUUCUACAGAAAAAGACUCAGAGCUGUAUGAACAUAUUAAUGACACUAAAUCUUCCCAUGAUGCUCAGACACUAGAUGUCGCCACUGAUAAACAGCAGAUGGAGGAGGCUGUACCUAACAGAGAGGUGGAUCCAGAGAAUGAAGGGGUGGAGGAGGAGGUGAAGAUGGAAGAGGACAAAGAAGAGGAAAUUGAUGAAAAUGUGGAAAAGCUAUCAUCUCACCUAAAUACAAAAGACAAACAUAGCAAGAAGAGGGAAGGAAGGAAUGAAGAAGGGAUGAAUGAAGAUCAGGAGGAGACAAAGAAGUAUGAAACAGAGGGUGUUGUCAAGGAAACACUGGGGGCCUCAAGGGGACCAGAAUCUACAAUUCACACCACACUGGAGAAUCUCCACCUAGAGGCCAGGGGUUCUGACUUGGAUGUGGAGAAGCUUAGAUCAGAGUUAGAGGAGCAGUUGUCUACCUUUACCAACACAGUCAAUCACACAGCAGAGGCAGAGGAGGCAGCAUCAGAGGCGUGGCACCGAUACGAAGCUCUGACAUCAACUCUGUCUCAGGAACUGUGUGAACAACUCAGGCUAGUGUUAGAGCCCUCACAGGCCACAAAACUCAGGGGAGACUACAGGACUGGUAAGAGAUUAAACAUGAGGAAAGUCAUUCCAUACAUCGCCAGUCAGUUCAGGAAAGACAAAAUCUGGCUCCGUCGUGUUACCCUCAAACCCAGCAAAAGACAGUACCAGAUCAUGCUGGCUAUAGACGACUCCUCAAGUAUGGUGGACAACCACUCCAAACAGUUGGCUUUUGAGUCCCUGGCCUUGAUUUCUAAUGCUCUGACUUUGUUAGAGUCAGGGGAUUUGAGUAUCUGCAGUUUUGGAGAGUCUGUACAAGUCCUUCACCCGUUCACUGAGCAGUUCACAAGUCACUCUGGGUCCAGAUUGUUACAGCAGUUUACUUUUGAACAGAAGAAAACCAAAGUGGCUCAGCUUUUGAAGAAAGCCACAUCAAUGAUGAUGGACGCUCGCUCCCGACAGCGGGGAAUGCUGGGUAAUCCCGAGACGUCACAGUUACUGCUGAUCGUGUCUGAUGAGCGGGGCUUGUUUAAUGAGGGAAUGAAGACGGUCAGAUCGGCCGUCAGACAGGCGCGGGAGGCCGGAGUCUUCCUGGUGUUUGUUAUCAUUGAUAAUCCCCAAAACAAGGAUUCCAUAUUAGACAUUAAAGUCCCAGUUUUCAGAAGUGGAAGUCAGCUUCCAGAAAUCAAGCCCUACAUGGAUUACUUCCCUUUUCCUUUCUACAUCAUACUGCGAGACAUUAACUCCCUUCCUAAUGUGUUGUGUGACGCCUUAAGACAAUGGUUUGAACUUGUGACGGCAGUGGAUGUUUGAUUUAUUCUGUGUAGAUACUGUGAAAUACCUUUGUUUAAAGCUGUAACAGGUGCUUAUUUCUGUGUAGAUGUUAUUUGAUGCCGUGUGACAAUGGUUGAUCUUGUAAAAGCUAUGGAUGAUUAUUGCUGUGUAGAUGGAUGUGCUGUGGUUUGAGAAGGAACUUGCGAGGAAAUACAAUGUAUACAUUGUAUUUCCAAUACAAUGAUAAUACAAUAUGUGUGCAAUACCAUGUGAGAUGGAAAUAAUGUGAUUAGAGUUUUGAAAAAAAAGUGAACAAACCACGCAUACAAUUUAUUGAAUUGAUCUAUUAUAACAAUGGUUACUAUCCUUUUAAAUAUUUUGUUUCUAGUGAAACAUUAUACCAGGUCAUACACUAGAUAAAUAUUCUUUUUCACAUUUCAAAACUCGUUGAUGAUGUUAAUGUAUGCUCCCAAGUGAUGAGAGAGCUGAAAAAUUAGUAACUUUAUAACUUUCGAACAAGAAGUGUUUUUACGAGCCAUUUUUGUUGUAAACAAUAAACCAUUGUAUAGUUGUUAACCCAGCAUUUUGAUUGAUCUUUUUACAAGACCAGUAAGACGCUUGUAAAAUUUACUACAAUAUGGUCUGACAAAGUAACAGUUGAUAAAAAUGUCAAAUCGUAUAUGUGAAAAGGGGAGGAUUAAACAAAGUCAUUUCACUAUGUGUGAUUUUUUAGCUCUACUGGUCAGAGACCAGAAGAGCUUAUGCAAUAGUUAUGCGUCUGUCGUCCGUCUGUCCGUCUGUCUGUUUGUAAACAAUUUUUUCAAAAUGCUACUCCUCCUACAGUUUUGGUCCGAUUUUAAAAUAACUUAGAACACAAGUAGACUACACUACGAUACAUAAUUCUGUGCAUUGGUUUUUGAUUUCAAUGAACGGUGUUGCCGAGGCUACUAAAAAUAGAAAUUUCUGUGAAAUUUUUCAAAAUGCAACUCCUCCUACAAUUUUGGUUUGAUUUCAAUAUAAUUUGGCACACAUAGUCAAGUAGACUACACUAAGAUACAUGAUUCUGUGCAUCGGUUUUUGAUUUCGAUGAACGGUGUUGCCGUGGUUACUAAAAUAGAAAAUUGUGUGAAAUUGUUUCAAAAUGCUACUUCUCCUACAGUGUUGGUUCGAUUUCAAUAUAACUUGGCACCCAAGUAGACUUCACUAAGAUACAUAAUUAUAUACAUCGGUUUUCAUUUUGAUGAGUGACAAUGAUAAAUUUUCUAUUUAUUGCUGAUUUAGAGUCUCAGGUCCCAACUGCUACUUUUCUCUUCCUUUGUUUUAAGUAUAAACCAGUAGAGCUACAGUCUCGAGAGAUACUGUAGGUUAGUUUAUCAAUUAAAAGUAUGCCAUGAGACACAUGAUUCAAAUUGUCCUUUGUUUGAGGGAUGUUAAUGUUUCUUUGGUUAAUGUUGAAAUUAAGUUGUUAAGCCUCUAAAUACUGAAAAAUAAAGUA